AUGAGCACACCUCAACAACCCUCUGCUACCACCCAGUCCUCACAGCGGCCCCAGCCCUCUGGGCAGACCGCAUCGUCUGGUGGCAAUAGCUCGGGCCAGCCGCCGCAUAAUGGCGGCCGCAACAACCAGGGCCAGCAACAAAUUCCCCAGGGCCCACAAGGUGGCCAGGGUGGUAACCAGGGACACACUUAUUCUCGUCGCGGCCGUGGCUCGGGCCAGUAUGGAAACAACCGGUCCAGAGGCGGCCAAAACGGACACCACAACAGCCACAGCGGUCACAAUAAUCACAACAAUGGCGGUCAUACUGGCCACCAUCGCAUGGCUUCAAACGACGGUCAAGCCCCAUUUCAGCGCGGCCAUCGCAAUACAGGCAGUGGCUACUUUGACCCUUCGGGCGGCAUGCCUCCAUUCUCUGCAUACCCCGGACAGUAUGUCCCUCUCGCACCUAACCUUAUGCCCUAUCAAAUGAUGCCCAUGGGGUCCGGUGUCCCGCCGUCUCCUGGUGUCGUUCCCAUGGCCCCCGUUAUGUCUCCACAAGCAGCUCACCUCUCUCCUCACAUGCAGUUCAACCGUCCUGCUUUAGUCCCCCAGCAUGCUCCUAUAGCUCGUGCUCCUGUACGUCUCACAAAUGCCCAGGGCGAAGAGAUUUCAUUGACCGCUAUUGCACACACUCACUCGCCUAGAGUGGGGCACGCGCAAACCUUCGAGCCCGCAUACGGGUCUCCAGCUGUUUCCAAGGCACAGGUGCCUUCUCCCGGGCCUGUUACAGCUUCUCCGACGGUGCAACCGAAAAAGGCUGAGCCAGUUAGUGGAGCCGCCAAAACACUACAAGAGCUGAUUGCUCAAAAGCUCAAGGCCGAGAUCGCUGCCAAGUCAAAGGGCGAACCCAACUCUGUCUCAGAGCCUGCUUCCAAGGUCGAGGUAGCGGGCGAUAAAGCUGAACCCAAAGCUAAGGCCAAGGUGGAGACCAAGGCUGAGACUAAGGUGGAGACCAAGGCUGAGCCCAAGGUUGAGACCAAGGUUGAACCCAAGGCAGAGCCUCAGGUGGAGUCCAAUGUUGAGCCCAAGACUGAGGCCAAUGUUGAGCACAAGACUGAGUCCAAGGUUGAGCCCAAGGUUGAGCCCAAGGCUGAGCCUAAGGUUGAGCCCAAGGCUGAACCCAAGGUCGAGGCUAAGGUCGAGCCCAAGGUCGAGGCCAAGGUUGAGGCCAAGGUUGAGCCCAAGGUUGAGGCCAAGGUCGAGCCUAAAGCCGAGCCCAAGGUUGAGCCCAAGGUUGAGGCCAAGGUUGAGGCCAAGGUUGAGCCCAAGGCCGAACCCAAGGCCGAGCCUGUAAUCGAGGCCGACACAAAGGUUGAGCCCAAGGUUGAACAAGAGUCUACGCUCGAGGAGAAGGUAGAGUGCGAACCCACAGAUGAACCAUCGGUCAAAGAUGACGAUGUUUCGCCCCACAGCUCGCCCAAACUUUCCGCAUCCGAGCCUAAAGAGUCUCAAGAAGAACCCAAAGAGGAAGCCAAGGAAGAAGCUAAAGACGAUGCCGAGGAUGAAGCUUUUGUUGAGCGGCUGGGAACUGCCGAGCGGUUGCCUGUUGAAAAGGUUGCUACAUUCAGCUACCCUGCCCCCAUUGUCAACAGCGCUGCUUCAAACAAAACGUACCGCUAUGAUAUUGCGUUCUUGCGCAAUUUUGCGACCGCAGUGCCAGUUAUGUUUACUGAUCUGCGCAAGCGCGUUGAGAUCGAUGUAGGCCGCGGUCCCGGCGGUCGUGCUAUGUCCCAACGUGGCGCUCGCCAGGGAUCUCAUGCCGGAUUCGGCUCUAUGCGGGAAGGUCGCAUGUCUAGAAACUCAUCCACAACCAACUUCGGGUCUCGAUCCGGCCGUCAAGGCUCUCGUCGCAAGGACCGUGGCUCCAAUCGUCAUGACCAUAAAGACGACAAGCCAGCUGUGCCUGUCGAGCCUCUCAAGCGUAGUGAGAAUGCGUGGCAGCCCCGCUUUUCUCAGACCAAGGCUGAGGAUGCUGCAUCUGAGAACCAGCUUAUGAGCCAGGAGGAGGUUGCCCGUAAGGUCAAAUCUCUGUUGAACAAGAUGACCUUGGAGAACUUUGAGCGUAUUUCCAAGCAGGUCUACGAGAUUGCUGAGCAGUCUAAAUACGAGGACGAUGGUGAAACUCUGAGACAUGUUAUUGAGUUGACACUGGCGAAGGCAGUUGAUGAGCCGCAUUGGUCGGCUAUGUAUGCCGCCUUCUGCUUACAGUCCUUCACUAUUUCCGAGGAUAUUACCGACAAGGCAUCUAUGCAUACCGACGAAAACGGAAACGCUGUUCCCGUUGGCGGCCCCCGGCUGUUCCGUCGCUAUCUUUUGACGCGAUGCCAGACCGAGUUCGAAAAGGGCUGGACGUCGAAAAUUCCCGUGGGCGAGGAUGGCCAGCAGGCUGGCGUCAUGAGCGACGAGUAUUACACUGCAGUCAAGGCCAAGCGCCACGGGUUGGGUAUCAUUAGAUUCAUUGGAGAGCUCUACAAAGUCGGAUUCUUGUCACCGCGUAUUAUUGUUCGCUGCUUCGUCAAGCUGGUCAACGAGGAGCCUAACGAAGAUAUCGUUGAGUCUAUGUGCAAACUUGUUAUAACUGUCGCUCAGCGUAUGGAGAAAGACGGUUCUGGUAGUGCUAUUGACAACGCCAUGAAGAAGCUUGCCGAAUGGAAGAAUACUCAGGGCUUCCCUGCUCGUCUGCGUUUCAUGAUCAUGGACGUGGAGGAUACUCGCAGGAAGGGCUGGAAGAGUAAGGACGCCGACAAGGGCCCCAAAACCAUCUCCCAGAUCCACACAGACAUCGCCAAGGAGCAGCGUGCUGCUGAAGAGGAGAAGGCCCGCAGCCAGCGCGGCAACCGUCAGAACACCCUUGGCCGGGACCGCGGCAAUCAUGACCCGCGCGAAGAUCGCCGUGAGCGUGACGAACGCCGCGAGCGCGACCGUGAACAGCGCCAAGCCCGGCUUGCUCAGCAAACUAAAGACUCUAUUGAUCGCGAGCAGAGCAUGUCUGGCCGUCGCCAAUCAGCAGUGCCCGCAGAACCCAUCAAGGCUGAGCCUAAGAUUAACCGCUUCUCUGCACUCGGCGACGAUUAA